UGCAGGAGAGAGUCCUGUGGCUCGGAGCUGGGUGUGGGAGCUAGUCCAAGUGCAGUUACAAUGUUCAGCAGGACCCCAGUGGCUCUAACCCUGCCUCUUCUGCUGAUUUCUGCAGCAGCUGUUCCCCCAACACAAAUUCAAAUCAGCCAAGAGCUGCCUCUGCGUCUCACUGGAGGGAUCCCUGCGUAUUCCUGCCCACUCUUCUGGACUGAAUUCAAUGGAUAUUGUUUCCGCUUCUUUCCCGAGACCAAGAGUUGGGCUGAAGCUGACCUUUACUGUGCGGAGUUUUCAAACGGAUUCAGAUCAGCUAAAUUAGCCUCAAUCCACAGCUGGGAAGAGAAUGUCUUUGUUUAUGACUUAGUUAACAGUCGUGUACCUGGAAUACCGACUGAUAUUUGGAUAGGUCUCCAUGAUCGCAGAAUGGAAGGGGAUUUUGAAUGGACUGAUGGGACAACGUAUGACUAUAAUUAUUGGGAUCGCAACCAACCUGAUGAUGGAACCCAGCUAACAGAGGAGGAGGAAGACUGCGGCCAGAUAUGGUUCCGGCAAAGCAGUGCUCUCCGAUCCUGGAAUGACAAUCGCUGCAGUCGGGAAUUUCCAUUUGUUUGUAAAAUUCCUUCCCUGGAGAACAAUUAAUUACCAGGAGUGCCUUGGGCUGUUUGGAUUUCAGUUUGAAGUGAAUUUCUCUAACAACAGCCUCGAAACUCAAACGUUCAAAAGCAACUGAGCAAAUCAACUUUCCAAAGUUCUCAUCAAAGUGCUACACCAUUUAGUGUCAAUAUUGACUUCUCUGAGUUAAAAGAGAAGGCCAUUGGCUCAUGUUGUGGCCCUUUUACUUUCAAUCUUCAAUUAAUCAUCGUCUUUUUGAUAUGUACCAUGAUCGCAUUGUGUAGAACAUUAAUAUUCCCAA